AUGGCUGAUGACGAACUCAACCGGCUGAGACAGCUUCUUGCUGCGCAGCAGCAGCGUAUUGAAACGCAACAGCAGCGAACAAAGCUGCCGAGACCCUUGAAGUCGCAGCGAAGGAGACGCAAGGAUGACGAGGACGGUGAUUUUAACGCGCCACGAGGGACAAGAACCGUGCCUGUUCCCCCAAAAGCCCACACCCCACGAUCAAAGUCGCGCGGGAGUGGCUCUGGUAACCAAGGCAGUGAGGACUCAUCGGGCUCCCGACGAGCACCAUACUGCUCGCAGGAAUGUCUCCUGGGUCUAUCUGACAGUGGCCCUCUCGACCCACAUUGUCCUAAUUUCGCAGCCCACCUUGACUACAGUAUGUCCUCAAAUGGCAAUGGCGAUUGUGAUGAUACGAACAGCCUGGUUAUCCGCCACGACCUGUCUGUAACACAACUCUGCGAUGUUCUACGGGAACAACUGGCGGAGGGCCGAGACCACGAUUGUGAGGCGUUGGACAAGUUUGGUAAGUUCGGUGCCAUCGGCAUCCUCUCCGGACUAACGCUACGCGGUUAUGGCUACUGCUUUGUUGCCAAGGGCGUGCAGCGAUGGCACGUCUCUCGACUAGAGCACGAACUAGGCGUCUACGAGCACGUACGCGCGCAGCAGGGCGUGCUUGUACCGGCGUGCUUGGGCAUGAUGGAACUAGUGCAUGAAUACUGGUCAUCCACGGGAACGCGCAUUUCGCAUAUGCUGCUGUUGUCGUUUUGCGGCGAGCCGGCCUUUCAUCCCCGCACCCGCGUGUCAGCCGACGUGGAGAUACAGGUGCGGAACGUUUGGUCACAGCUCGAACAGCUGGGCAUCAAUCAUGGAGAUGAGCGGGAGUCUAAUGCAGUUUGGAAGGCGGAACUUGGCCGGGUUAUGUGUAUUGAUUUUGACUGGGCGCGGGUCGACCAGAAGCAUGAAAUGGAGUCGGGCGGAAGCGCCGAUUUGAAGUCGCCGAAACGGCAGAGGAUUCUUGAGAGUCACUGA